AUGAGUGGAGGAGCAGCGACCAUGCCCGCCGACGACGACGACGACGACGAUUCGACGGCAGUCGUACCCCCUCCUCCUUCUUCGACCUCGAACGAGAACGAAGCCGCUUCUUCACUCUCACUCGAUUCGCAACUCGCUUCCCUUCGAGCCGAAUUCAGUCAACGUCAACUCGUUGCCGAAGCUACGAUCCAUGAUCUCGAUAACGCUUUACGGCUUGCGCGAUCGGAGGUGGAUGGGUGCAAGGUCGAGGUGCACGAGGGACGCAAGAGGGAGGAACAGUUGCAACAGGAGGUGGGGCAGUUACGCAAGGCGAUGGAGGAGGGGAGGAAGAGGGAGGGGGAGGACGAGGGGAGGCAGGAAGGGAGGAGGAAGCAGGUCGAACAGGCGGAGACGGUCAGGCGGGAGUUGUUGCAGGCCGUCGAGAGGGAAGCGGCGGAGAAGAACGAGCUGGCCGGUCAGUCCUCGCCCGCGACGGAUUCCUUACCGUGCAGUAGCUGAUCGUUUUUCUUCUUUUCUUUGGCGCUAUCGUCGACAGAGUCCCUCGCUUCCCUUCGAGCGUUGCACACCUCGUUGCAAGCCUCCCAUUCCGAACUCGAAGCCGCUCUGCUCGAGCAAACGACCUCGGCCCGCUCCGCGCUGCUCAAGACCCAAUCCCUCCAAUCGACCGUCACCUCGCUCGAAUCCGACAAGGCGUUCCUUUCCGAAGAACUCGACCGGGUUCGAGUCGAAUACGCCACCACACGACGCACGACGCACGUGCAGAUCACGCGCUUGAACGACCAGCUCGCGACCCUGCAAGAGGACGAAGCCGCGUUGAGGAACGCGCAUACGACCUUGCAGGCCUCCCAUGCGACUUUGCAGGAACGCUACACGCAGUUGACCGCCGAGUUGAGUCAGGUCAAGCAGGAGCGAGAGGCGAAUGAGGGUUCGUUCGUGCUGGAGAUGGCCGGGAUGAAGCGCUUGGUCGAAAUGAUGGAUCGACGCGAGGCCGAGAGAAAGAAGAGGAUCGAACAUGUCGAGGCUUCGCUUCUGGAGGAACGUGCACGGUUGGCAGAGGAAGAGGCCGCGAGAGUGGAAGAGUUGGAGAGGGAACGCGAGAGGUGCGACGAGCUCGAGGCGAAGCUCGUCGAGAUGCGCGCCGCGUUGGAGAGGGGGAUCGUCACUUCCGCCGGCGGUGCGGGAGACGACAGCUUGGGAUCGCCCGGUCGGUUCGCGCUCAGUCCUUCGGCGCAGAUGGCCGUCUCGAACCAGAAGGGUGGACGCAGCUACGCGCAGAUCUACGCCGAGUACAUCCGCAUGGAGGAGCAGCUCGUCGCGGAACGGACCGAGAACAAGCGGUUGCAAGAGUGCUUGGCGCAGGUGUUGAUGGACAUUGAAGAAAGGGUACGUUGUCUCGAUCCUCCGGAACAAUCACAGGAAACUGACUCUCGAAGCACGUCGGAACGAAACGAGUAGGCACCGCUCAUGAAGGAACAACGCAUCGAAUACGAGCGCAUCUCCGAAGAGGCGACCCAACUCGCCGCUCAACUCGCGCUCGUCUCGUCCGAACGGGACCAGAGCGAUCGACGCGCGACGUCGACUCGUCUUGACCUCGAACACCUUAAACGGGAGAACACGAUGCUCCAGGCCCAACUGCGUGACUUGGGACGGCAGGUGCGCACCCUUGCUCGACAGAACGCCCUCGUCACUGGGGUCGUCUCGGGUGGUUCGGCCGACGACGACGACGAGGAAGAGAACGAGAUCAUCAAACGCGCCGAAGUCGACCUCUCCACCGAUGCGAUCGUCGCCGCUCACCUCGUCACUUUCAAGAGCAUCAACGAGUUGCAGGUACAGAACCAAAAGUUGUUGCGCAUCACGAGGGAGAUGGGCUCGCAGAUGGAACGCCUCGACGACGACGCGCUCGGCCGCCGCAAGUGGGAGGAGAACAAGGCCAUCGAGGAGGCGCACGAACUCGUUUUGGGUCUGAAGGAAGAAAUCGAGAACCAGCAGCGCCAAAUCGAAGGCUUUGCGAGGGAGCGCGACAUGUUCCGUCGGAUGCUCGCGAAUCAGACCAAUGGCCAUGGCGCGAUCGAUGGAGGAGCGACGAACGGUGCUGCUGCCGGUGGCGACUCGGAUCGAUUGUUGGCGGACGUGCAGGCCAACUUUGACGCGUACAAGAACGAGAUCGCCAUCGACUCGCAACGACUGCGCGACGACCUCAAGGACGCGCAACAAGCGGCUCAGACAACGCGCACCGAGCUGGCCAAGUCGAGGGCGCAGGCCGAGUACACCGCCGAGCGACUACGCCUCUUGACCGAGAACUACGGUACGCAGACGAAUGAGUUGGCGCAAGCUUCGAAGCGCGCUUUGGACCUACAGUCGACGUUGGCAAGACAGGAGGCCGUCGCGCACAACUUGUCCGAGGAGUUGAUCGAGUUGCGCGGUCAGGUCGAUCAGUUGCGCCACGAGAAUACGACCCUCAAGACCGAGCGCGAGGUCACGUCGAGUGUGCAGGCCCGCCUCGUCGAGGAGAACUCGGCGCUUUCGAAGGAACGUGCUCACCUCGCCGAGUUGAUGCGUAACCUCCAGUCGAUGCAGAACGAGGUCGAACGAUCCGGCAACGAUGCUCGUCGUCGUCUCGAGAAUCAAGUCACAAGACUCGAAUCGCAGGCCAGCGACCUCAAGACGCGCCUCGACACCGAAACCGAGGCGAGUCGUCAGCUCACGUUGAGGAAAGACUUCGAGUCCAAGCAGUACCAGGAACGGUUGGACAAGCUGCAAGGCGAGUAUGCGACGACGCGCGAGAAGCUCGUCGAGGCCGAGACGUCGAGGACCCACCUCGACUUGCGCGUGCAGGAUCUUCAGUUGCAGGUCACGGCUCGGGAGGAGAAGCUUGCCAUUUACGAAGGUCGAUCGGCCGCCGCUCGAGCGGGAGGAGAAGCUUCUUCACUCAGUGCAACCGAGCAGCUCGAGAUCACGCUCGCGGAUGUGCGCAUCGAGCUCGAGGAGACCAAGGCCAAGCUCGAACGUUCUGUCGUCCACGCGCGCGAAUUGCAAAAUAUCGCCGACGCUCAAGGUGGCGCUUUGGCCGAACUGCAGGCGACCUACGACGCAUACAAGAUCUCCGUCGAUACUCAGAUCGCCGAGAAGGACGGCGAGAUCGCCAGUCUGCGUGAGCGUCUGCACUCGUUGACGACCGACCUCACCGACCAAUCGAGGCAGAACUCGGAGUUGCACGCCCAGAUUGAGGCCGAGCGCGUCGCUUUCGAGAAGGAGCGCAAGGUGCUCGAGGACUCGCUCGCGGCCGUGCGAGCGCACGAGCAGGACGCACGCAACGCCAGUUUCCAAGCGCAGAACGAUGUGCGACAACAGGCGCAACGAGCGAAGGACGCCCACGAAAAGUACGAACGCGAACUUGUUGCCCAUGCCGAGGAUGUCAAGCAGUUGAGCGAGGUCAAGGGCAAGCUCGAGCACGCGCGACGGCAGACGAGGGAAGCGCAGACCGCGAACGAGGUCUCCAAGACGAACUUGGCGGCUUCCGAGGAGAGUUGGGCUCGACAGAAGGCGGCAUUGGAUGGCGAGUUGGCCGACGUCAAGAAGAGGUGUGUUCGCUCGUUGUGCUAUUUCGUUAUCCUCCGUCGAUCAUAUCUGAUAACCCCUGUCCUUGAUCCCGUAAACAGAUGCGAAGACCUCACAAGUCAGAAUGCUCUUCUCCAUCAACAUCUUGAAUCGACAACUGCGCAGGCCGCUUCGUUGCAAAAGUCGACGUUGACGGGUGCACCCGGUGCCGAUUCUGCCGCCGUCGAAGGACUCGAUGCUGCCGUCUCGACCGCAUCUCCUUCGGACGAGCUAUUCGGCGUCAUCACGUUCCUGCGCCGCGAGAAGGAGAUCGUCGACUUCCAACUCGAUCUCAGCAAGCAAGAAGCGACGCGCCUGCGCACCCAGCUUGACUUCACGACUCGCAACCUCGAAGAAGUGCGCCAAGCUUUGGCCGAGGAACGUCAGACCGGUCCGGUCGCAUCGGCUUCGACGACGCAACACGCCGAGUUAAUGGAGCGCAUCCACCAGUCCGAACUGUUGCGCGAGAGCAACCACACCUUGCGCGAGGAGCACCGCGCGAUGAUGCGCACCAACAAGACGCUCGAGAAGCGCAACGGCGAGAUGCGCGCCGAGCUCGAGCCGCUCAAGUCGCGCGUCGUGGAAUUGCAAGCCGAGGUCGAGGCCAAACAGCACACGAUCCGAUUGCUCGAGGAGGACAACGAGCGGUGGAAGGUGCGCAACCAGACCAUUCUGGCCAAGUACGAACGCAUCGACCCCGAGGAACUGUCGACGCUCAAAACCGAGGUUGAGCAACUCAAGGCUGAACUCGACCCGCUUAAGCAAAGGCUGCAGGAGCUCGAACAGGAGAAGGCAACUGUGCAGACCGACGCCGAGGAGAAAGCGCGCUUGAUCGAGGUGUACCGCGAAAGCUCGAAUCGGACUUCGGAACGAUUCAAGGCGCUUCAGGUCCAAGCUCGCACGACUCGCUCGGAGAAGAUGGCGCUCGAGACCGAACUCGCCGCUCUGAAGGCGAAGAUUGAGUCGGGCGAGUUGAUCACCGCCGCUUCGAACGCCGCGGCCGCCUCGACCGCGAGCGCCGCUUCCGCCGAGACGCAGAACCAACUCUCGGCACUUCAAGUCGAAAAGGCGUCGCUUGAAUCGCGUAUUCAACAACAGACCGAGACGAUCGCGACACUCGAGGCACGCAUCGCGACCCACGAGGCUCAACAGAAUGACGUCAGCAAACCCGCCGACGAUCGAUUGAAUGCGCUCGAGGCGGAGAAGAAGGCGUUGGAGGACCGCGUGGCUGUAUGUCCUCAUUAGCGUCUGCGUUUUCUAUUCCCGUGGCAUGCCUAAUUUUUUUGUUUCUCGACUUGUUACAACAGCACUAUCAAAAGAGGGAGGAGCCCAUCUUCAAUGACAACAAGCGCCUCAAGGGCGAGAACAGGCAGUACGAGGCGCAGCUUGCUGCUCUGCAGACGCGCAUCGACGAACUCGUCAAAGUCAAGGAGACUUUCGAAGCCAACAACCAGGAGGCGAUCACCAAGGCUGUCGAGGCACGUGUCGCGGCUGCUGGCACACAACCUGGCGAUCCUGCUGCCGUCGAGGAGCUCGUCCGAACCAGGGUUGCCGAGGUCGAGGCUCGACUUGCUGCGGAGCGAGAAUCGGCCAUCGCGGCCGCCGUCGAGACGACAACGGCCGAGCUGAACAAGACACUCGAUUCUCUUCGCACCGAGCUCGUUGCUGCCCGAGAGGGGGCGACUGCCGCCGCUCCCGCUGCUGGAACGACUGUGACCGCCUCCGACGAUGCCGAUGCGAAGAAACGGUUCGAGGAGCAGCUCGCCAAGGUGCAGAGUGACUUUGAAGCUUCCAAAACGGCGAUGCAGGCCGAGUUUGAGCAACUCAAGACCAAACUCGCCGAAGACGCCAAGACGCGCGAGCAGGAGAUCACGAAACGAUUUUCCGCUGAACUUGCGCAAGCCCAAGCCGAAGUGAAAGCCGCAACUGAAGCCGCUGCAACCACCUCGGUUGCACCUGCUCCCGCACCGGAGGUCGAUGUCGAUGCCCUUGUCGCUGCCAAGCUCAAGGACCUUGAAGCCGGUCGACUCGCUUCGCAACAGCAAGCGAUCGAAGCCGCUGUGAAGGAAGCGCUCGCUAAGCAAGCAACCGAGAACGAGGCACGGGUUGCGACGCAACUGCAGGAGACGCGCAACAACAUGCAGGAAGAGUUCACCAAAAAGGGCACACUAAUGACGGCGCUCAAGAAGGCGGUCGAAACCAAGCUCAAAGCCUCCGAUGUCAAGCUCAAGGCAGCGCACGAACUUCUCCAAGCGAACGGAAUCCCUCUGCCCGAUGCCACCGCCACUCCCGCUACAGCUACGCCUGCCCUUUCAUCGCCUGCACCUGCGCCCACACCUGCAGCUGCACCUUCGACAUCUACGCUUACUCUCAAGGCAACAUCACCAGCUCGAGGCGGCGCUGCCGCAGGACGUGGAGCGAUCCGAGGAGGCCGAGGCAGAGGACGAGGUGCAGCCGCUGCUGGCGCAUCGCCGAGUCGACCGGGAGCCGCCGCUACUUCGGAGACUCCUGCCAAUUUCUCGAUUCGUGGGAUUACAGGUACAGGUACGGCUGCGGCGCCAGCGACACCACCGUCUUCGACACCAGGCGGUGUUUUGGGACGAUUGAUGGGCGGCGCGCUCGGUGGGAAACGAGGGAGGGACGAUGAUGCUUCGGCGGAUGGGAAACGGCAGAAGCAAGGCGAAGGAGGAAGCGGUUGA